CCGAAACCUUUGAAUAUUAUUUAAGUAAUGGAGAUUUAAGGUUGAUUGAUAGCUGUCAAAAUAAAAAUUUAAUAACAUUAAUAUUAAAAUUGUAACAUUAUGUUAUAUAUAUAAUAUAGACCGAAAGAAAAAACACUCUACAGAAAUAAGAAGAUUUUGAUUGAACGAACAAAUUGACUAAAAACUUGUACUACGGUCAUUUUUUGGCGAAAGAAAUGACAUCUCUAUGGUAGUAGCUAUUUAGAUAAAAAAUAGUCAGUAGUUGGAAUCAGUUGUAGCAACAGAGUGUUGGGAGAAUUUUCGGUUCUAUUGACUGAAGAUAUAAUAUAGAAACUGACAUAACCAACGGAAGAACAGUUCAUGGAAUGGACACUUAAAUGACAAUUGUCAAUAAAAUUGAAUUUUGUAAAACAGUAGAAUGCCGAGAGGCUAUGGAGGGAGAGGAAGUAACCAAAGCCUAGCAGCAGUCGCUGGAGUAGUUCGGCGCUCGCCGCGAGAUCGCGUUUAAUAAAAGCCGCGUCUGUGGCAAGAAACUUAUUUCAGAGUUAUUAUAAGCCAUAACUGAAUACAAUUUGAUUGUUAUAUUCGUUCUGCUUGAACAGAUAACUACUUCUCAUGAUCGAGAGACGUAACCAUUUAAUCGUGUAUAAAUUCGUACCUAAUAUCUGACAGUAUAGGUGAGCUUGAAGUACUUGAUGAUAUGAGCGAAUUUAAAAAAAACCAAACGACAAACAAGGAACGUAGAUCUCUUGCGGUAAACAGAAAGGAUAGACUUUGGGAUGGGGGUAUUAUUCCAUAUGAAUUUGAUAAAGUUUUCACUGGAGCACAGUAUCAAUUGAUAAAGCAAGCUAUGCAACUCUGGGAGAGAUCGACGUGUAUUCAAUUUGUUCCAAGAAUCAAAGACGUGCAUGAAGAUUAUACACUUAUCACUAAAGAACAAUGCGGGUGUUGUUCGGUUGUAGGCAAAUUCAUGAAACAAAAUCAAUUUAUUAGUUUGAACGAUGAUUGUAUGGAUUAUUAUACUCUUCUUCAUGAGUUGGGACAUACAAUUGGACUAUUUCAUGAGCACUCGCGUUCAGAUCGUGAUGAAUAUGUGAAAAUUUUUACAGCUAAUAUUAUGUCAGGUGACAAAAUUAAUUUCGAGAAAAUACCGAAAAACGAAUCAACCACUCUGGGACAACCAUAUGAUUAUAGUUCUAUAAUGCACUAUGAUGGCACUGUUUCAGCGAAAUAUUUUUUUUUGGCCACAAUGAAACCGUUGAAAAAAGUUAACGGUAAAUGGCCGGUACUCGGUGGAGAUUAUGAUCUGAGCCGAGGUGAUGUUGUGACAACAAAUCUUCUGUAUCAUUGUCCCGAGUGCGGUGGAACUUUUUCGCAUCCUAAAGGAACUUUCAGUCCACCAACUGAACCGAGACAUUCACAACAAAAUCUUACACGCUGCGAAUGGACAAUCAGAGCAGCUGAAGGUCACAAAAUAAAACUUUCAAUCAAAUUAAUGGGUAUUCCGGAAAGCUCUAGCUGUUUAACGGAUUAUCUGGAAAUUCGAAAUAACCGGGAAAACGAUGAUGUCAUAGCUCGUUAUUGCGGAAAAAUUGAAACUACUAUUGUAGCUAAUACUAAUAUUUUAAAAAUUUUAUUGGUUAACACGAAGUACAAAAAAAAUUCCGUUGAUUUUAUAAUAGAAUAUGAGGCCAUGUGCGGUAAACAUUUUUAUGUUGGAACUAAUGAAACAUUUUACUUGGAGUCGCCAAAUUAUCCGGGACCAUAUGUAGCAAAUAAAGAGUGCUAUUGGUAUAUUACUGCCCCCGAGGAUCACAGUAUAUCACUAGAGUUUUAUGACUUCGAUAUUGAAGAAAGUCCAAAUUGUAAUAAAUAUGAUUACUUGGAGGUACGUGACGGUGAUAAUUAUAGAGCACCGCUUAUUGGAACUUAUUGCGGGAAACACGAAAAUUUGACAAUAUCUUCGCUAGGACGAUUUAUGUUUCUCAGAUUUAUUCCUGAUGAAUCUCUAAAUAGAAGCGGUUUCUCGGCUGCUAUUACUGUGCGACGAAUUAAAAUGCAUUAAUAACAAUAUUAUUGAUUGUUACUAUUCAUUUUUACUUUUAUCGCGAAUUUAUAAUGUUUCUUGAAUAUUAUGAACUGCUUUUUAA